AUGCUGGACACUCUUCCCCUGGAACUUUUGAAUAUGAUACUCAGCAAUGUGAGUUCUGAAUCUGUCCUUGGAGUUGAAUCAGGCCUCAUUCAACUAUCCUCCAAGAUUACCAGCCACAGGGACUUGAAGCAAAUAUGUGAGGUCUGCACCCGCCUGUGGGACUGUGCUACCCCCCAUCUUUAUCGGUGCCUAGUCUUUACUGCUGCGAAUUCGUCAUUUGCUGAGUUGACUGCGGCUGUAAAGGCAAUUCCUACAAGAUACGCGAAGUAUAUACGAGAGCUUGAAUUGAGAAUUCCGAUCCAUCACCGAGCAUGCGCGCAUUGUUGGUGUUGCGACGAGUUGUGGUCAGUCGAAGAUGACGCAUCCGUUCCCGAGGAGCUGCUAUGCGACUACUUUGAAGGGAUAGAUGAUGAACGUACAUAUGGCGAGUUCCUUGAUGACCAAUUACGAAGUUUUCGGUGGAAUCUUGGACAGUGCAUUCCAGACAUUACACUAUCUUCUAACGAAUUUUCCCUUCUAAGAAAGCAGAGGAAGAUCGAGUCUCUCAUAAUCCACACGGAUAUUUAUUGUGAUCAUGGUGUGGGCUCUGUUGACCUUGUGCAGUUCCCAGACCUGAGAAGCCUCUCCUGGAAAGGCCUGAACAAGUAUAGCGACUUCGAGUGCCUCAAGGACUGUAUUAGAGCUCAUGGUAAUCAAUUAGUCUCGCUUACACUAGAUCUUGUCGACUGGUAUCGCGCAAAAGAUAUUUGGACCGAUGAGUUUCGCCGACAGAGCGACGAAGCAAUGCCAGACAAUUUCCUUGUUCAGAGAAUUAUGAACCCAAAAGCUGAAGACGAGAAAAUGAUUUUGCAGUCACUCAAAUACCUUGACUUGUCGGCUAUAUCGUUUGAGAUUGCUGCCAUCGAUAUGCCGGUUUUGUUCAAUACUGAGAGCCUGAGGACCUUGAAGCUGCGGAAAUGUAUAGGAUCCCUCAAGUGGCUAGAACUGGUAUCAAGCUCUGGGAAGUUGACAGAGCUUAAAAGCUUCGAGCUUGUUCUUACCAACUGUGGGCCUAUAAACACAAUGAAGACAAUCUGCAACUUCAUUGAAAGAGCUCCCAAAUUAGAGAUUCUCUGUCUCAUGCUCCGCAGACCCAUCAAUUGGGAGUCUCUCAUAAAUACAAUUUGCCGUUGCAGCUCUCUGACACGUCUCGUCAUGCAUGGUUUGGCGGACGAAGGUAACCAGAUCCUCGGUGGAGAAGACCACAAGGCCAGUCAGUUACAAAUAUUGCAGGCUAGAUCUUUAUGCAAGCUUCUGCACAUCAGAGCGACUGGGAAGGCAAUGGUGAGUAUGUAUUAUUCGAACAUACGUGAUCCAUCGUUCCCUCCUCUUGAGAUAUACAAAUUUGCGAAGUGGGCGUUCAGUGCUGACGGUCUGCCCAACCUUACCGUACUCGCUUGGGGGGACUUCUCUCAUGAAGGCCACUAUUCAGAACACAAUGAUCUCCUAUGCAGAUGCGGGACUGGCUACCGACGUUUGAACCCAUCUGACAUAUCGCUUUGGGAUCUCGUGAAUGAUAACAUGGACAUGCUGGCCGCCUGUCCUUUUGCGGAGUUUACAGACCUAUCAAUCGACGAUUUUAUGUAG